UCAAAGGGAAAGCGCUGAUGUCAGUACUUCCAGUUUGAAGGAUUGCUAGUAAUGAGAGUGAACUGCCGUUUCCCUGCAGGUGAGCGUGAACGGCAGCCACUUCAUGGACUACAGGCAUCGCAUGCCGUUCCAGCAGGUUGACACCAUCACAGUCGGUGGAAGAGUGGAAAUUUCCUCCAUUUCCUUCUCCACUCCAGUGCCGUUUCCGCAGCAGGUUUUCCCGCCCCAGUCCGCCUUCCCGUCCUACCCCGGCUUCGCCCCCCAGCCAGGAUUCCCAGCUCAGCCUGGAUUUCCUCCUGCAGCGCCUGUUGUUCCGUACAAGAACUUCAUCAGCGGCGGACUCCAGCCCGGCAGGACCAUCACCAUCCAGGGCGUCAUCCAGCCCAGCGCCACCAGGUUCCACAUGAACCUCACCCACCAGUCUGGCAUCGCUCUGCACUACAAUCCACGAUUCAACGAGAACGUUGUGGUCCGAAACACCAAGCAGUGGGACAAGUGGGGAUCUGAGGAGCGCGGCGGCGGCAUGCCCUUCCAUCGAGGACAGCCUUUCACGCUGACCGUCAUCUGCGAGAACAACUCGUUCCGCCUGGUGGUGAACGGGAUGCAGGCCCACAACUACAAGCACCGCUUCACUCCGCUGCAGAGCAUCAACGGCCUGGAGAUCGGAGGAGACGUCCAGCUGACCUCCGUCAUCGUCUAGGUUCUGAUCUAGAGGAGCCAACGGCCAUUAAACGCUGGAACCUGCUGCCGUUAAAGCAGCAUGAUGUGGAAUUCACUGCCAUCUAGUGGUCAAGAUGUAGAUGGCAGCCAACUCACACCAAUAAAACGUGUCAUGGUUCACUG